AUGACCAGCCCAGCAAAAUGUUCAAAAUCAUCAUCUUCAUCAUCACCAUGGAAACAUGAUGUGUUCCUGAGUUUCAGAGGUGAGGACACCCGUACAGGAUUCACAGACCAUCUGUACCAUGCUUUGGAUGGGAAAGCAAUUGAUGUCUUUAGGGAUACUGAAGGCCUCGUGAGGGGAGAAGCCAUUUCACCGGCACUCUUGAAAGGAAUUGAAGAAUCAAGGUUUGCAAUCAUCGUCCUUUCAGAGAAGUAUGCUACUUCAUCAUGGUGCUUGGACGAAGUUGCAGAGAUUGUUAAAUGCCAUCGAGUUUGGGGACAGACUAUUAUUCCAGUUUUCUACCAUGUCGAGCCAAACCAUGUGAGGAUUCAGACUGGGACAUUUGGGGAGCCCUUUACUCAUAAGCAUAAAUACCAAGAUGUGAAUAGGGUUAACCGAUGGAGGGAGGUUUUAUCUCUAGUGGCCAAUAUUCAUCCAUGCUGGGAAUUGAAAGACGGCUUGUACGUAAUUCUCCAUUUUGAUUAA